CGCGAAACAAAUUUUUUUCAAAAUUAACACACGAAAGUUCCUAAUUAAAACAAAAUUGUUGAAUUAAGAUUGGACAAGAACUUUGUUGGUUUAAAAAAGUGAUUUGAUUUUUUAUUUAACCCGGUUUAUUUGAGUUUCAAGAAGACAAAUAAUGUCAAAAACCUUACUCCGGUUGAUUUCUUUGAUUUGGUACGCGAAGAAAACCGUCAACGGUGGGAUUAAAAGGGCAGGUUCCAGGUAAUUAAUGCUUAGGAGCCGGUGCUGGAAAAGCGGAACGAAAAGAAGAACGAAUAUAAUAUGCAGCUGAGAUUCCUGACGAUGUGCGUUUACUUUAUUAUUUUGGGGGCGAACGUGGGGGCUGCGUUCAGCGAAAGAACGAGACAUCGUCCACCACCUCAACAACAACAAGAAUUUAACACCAAAGACAUCAAUUAUAAUAAAGAUCAUCAUCAUCAAUAUCAUCAUCAUCAUCAAAAUCAUCAAAAUCACCAAAAUCAUCAAAACCAUCAAAACCAACAACAACAACAACAUUAUUCUUGUCCAAAUUGUUUACACAAAACCGAGAAAGAUGCGAAAUUAGAAACAGAAUUUUUAAGAUUGGAAGCGAUUAAAAGACAAAUCUUGUCAAAAUUGGGAAUGAGGGAAAAACCGAACAUAACGCACCCUUUACCAAGGGAAUUGGUCGAAAGAACGUAUAAAACGAUAUUGGGGGAAGGUGGUUUUGAAGAUGAGGAAAUCCGGAAUAGUCGAGGGAAAGCGAAUCAUCACUUUCAGGAAUUCGUCGAUGCGGACGAUGACGGAAGGACCACUGAAAUAAUCGCCUUUGCAGAACAAGGUUAUAGAUUGAACGGAAAUAGGCUGUUAGAAUUCAGGAUAAACACCGAUUUAAACACAGGACACGAAUACAGGGUGAAAUCCGCUACGUUAUGGAUAAAAGCGGAGUUUUUGGAGCCCCGCCGAGAUCAAUGUCCAUCAAACAUUUACGUUUUUAAGUUCCGGUCGAUGAUCGGCACAGAUGUUAUAUUAACAUCUCAACAAUUUAACGAAGUUACGGAAGACCCAACGUCGGUGGCAUUAGACGAAAAGAAGCCGGGGUGGCAAAAGAUCGAUUUGCGAUCGACGAUCGAAACGUUUUUAAAGCAACAAUCAGAUUCGAAGUUAAAAUUGUUCGUCGAUUGCUCGUGUUGCGGAAAUUGGCGGGUGCACGUUUUAAAUAAAGAUAAAGAGAAACGAUCGGAUCCGAAUCGGCCGUUUUUGGUGAUCGAAAUCGAUCCGAGCGUUCCCAAAAGGAUACGAAGGCGCUCCAUGGAAUGUAACGCCGAUACAGGGAAUCAAUGUUGCAAGCAACAAUUUUACGUGAGCUUUGAAAAGUUGGGUUGGCGCGAAUGGAUCAUAGCCCCUUCGGGGUAUUACGCGAAUUAUUGUAAAGGAGAAUGCGGUUAUCACCGGACGCCCGACACUUACGUUAAUUAUCAUACUCACGUGAUCGAGCAAUUCCGUAAGAAUUAUCAUCUGAGUGGGAUGCAGCCGUGUUGUGCCCCGUUGAAGUUCUCAAGUAUUUCGUUGAUUUAUUACGACACGCAACAUAAUAUUAUUAAAAGGGAUUUACCGAAGAUGGUUGUUGACGAUUGUGGGUGUCCUUGAAUUAAAAUAAUUUAAACAAAAACGUUAAUCAGAAGUUAAUAAGAGGAGGAAAAUCAUUAAAUUGAAAUUUAUAGUGGAAAUUGAACGAAAAAUUAAUUAAAGAGGAGUUUUUGGGGAGUUUUAGAUAAUAAUUAAUUAAAUUAAAACUGUUUAAAAGGGACGGCUUUUAACAAA